AUGUCAUCCUCCGUCAGGACAAUGCUGUUCAACCCCCGGCCUUUGCGGUCGCUGGUUGCGACAAGUCGAGCCCGUCGCACGUACGCGACUAUCCCCACCAAGAACCCAACCCCCUCGCCGCCAAAGGAGGACUCCAACGAGCAGGCGAUGCCCAUCGGACGCUUUUACGAGGCCAUCCUCAACACGCCCCAGCCCAUCCCCGACGUCAAGCCCGAGGAGCCCGCCAGCUCUGUCAAGGCCGCCCAGGAGGAGGAGGCCUCCAAGGAGCCAGCCAAGCGUGGUCGCAAGCCCAAGGCAAAGACUGAGCCAGCUGCCACUGCCACUGCCGGCACCACACCCAAGGCCUCACCAGCAGCCAACAUCAAGGAGACAGCCAAGGAAGUCGCCGCCAAGACCUCUUCCGCCUCUUCUCCGUCUUCUUCUUCCCCACCCCCUUCGGACAAGGCCAAGGUGAUAUUCGGGUCGCGCCUGGCCGGCCCGGCCGAGCGCGCAGAGCAGCUAGCGAAGCUGCGCGCGAAGAGCACGGUCAUCGCGGGCGUCGUGGUGCCGCCGAAGCCAGAGGAGCCGGAUAAUUGCUGUAUGAGCGGGUGUGUCAACUGCGUCUGGGACCGAUACCGCGACGAGAUGGAGGACUGGGCGCUUGCGGAUGCGGAGGCGACGAGGAAGCUAGCUGCGGAGAGGGAAGCUGACGCAGGGACUGGUGCGGGUGCGGGUGUGAGUGCGGAUGCGGAUGCGAAUUCGGCGAAGCGGCCACCGACGACUUCUGGGACAGAUCAUAUUGCUGUCAGCAUGGACGACAACGGGGCCGGAUCGGAUACCAACUGGGAUACUCCACCGGCUUCUUCUUCUCCCAAAAUUGCUAAGGACUUUUGGGACGAUGAUCUGUAUAAGAACGUGCCGGUUGGCAUCAGGGAAUUUAUGAAGCAGGAGAAACGAUUGAAAGAGAAGCAUUCUCGCGAAGGUACUUCAGGGGGUUGA